AUGUUCGAUAAAUCACAAAUAAAUCAUUGUUCAUGUUCAAUAUGUUCCAUGGAUUCAAAAUAUAAUAGCAAAAAUUUGAUCUAUAAUUAUCAUUUGAAAAAUGUAAAACAUUCAUAUUCCACACAUCAAGUGUGUGAAUUGGAAAAAGUAGCAACAUUAUUGAAGGAAAAAUUAAAAAAUUUGAAAAAUUCACGUUACAUUACUCAAAAGAAGAAUAAAAAUUUAAUUCAACAAUCCAAUCAGUUAAUGGAGGAAAUUAGUCGGAAAAUGAUUUUUGCGAAACAUUCGAUUCAAUCUAAGGAUGAAAUUGCAUUUGAAGCCGAAAAAUGGUCACAAUUAUGGCAAAGUGAAAAUGGACAGAAAAUUCUUGCUGAUAAAAGAUUAAUAGAAAAUGCUGAACAAGUGAAAAUAAUUGAGAAACAAAUUGAUUAUACAUAUCGACUUAUUGAGCAUAAACGAAAAAUAAUUGGUAGAUGGCAAAAUGAUAAUAUUCAAAAAAUUUAUAAAGAUGAUCAGAUAAAAAUGUUAGAACAAGAAAAUAUGGAUAUGGAAAGAAAGAUGAUUGAUUGGAUAAAAGUGAAUCAACGAUUGUUGAGAAUAUUUGAAGCAAUGAAAGAUCGCGAAGUUGAAAUGAUUUAUGCUGCGGAACGUUGUAAACAACGAAAUAUACAAGCUAGAGAGGAAUGCAGUAAAAUGCAAACAUAUAUACUAACAAUAUCAAAAACAUUAGAUGAAGUAUUUAUCAGUAAUACAUCAUCCAGUUCAAUUACAUUACAUAAUGAAGAAAAUAAAUCAAAACAAUCUGUUUGUAUGACAACAACAACAACAACAAAAAAAAAACAACAAAAGCCAAAUGAAGUAAACAAUUGA